UGCCGAACUAAUAAACUGUCCAUGGCGCUCACCAUACCAUCGUCCUCGUGACACGACAAGCUUCGUUUCCGUUACGAGAGGUGUAGACUAAGUAGAAGAGCCCGGAAUGCAAUUGCCCGCCGGUUAGAUCAGCUUCAGACUUAAGUUUGGAAGACGCCCAGCAGCCCUCUUUCUGCCUGAACAUAUCGAGCUAGGAAAUCGGCAGAACCUCGCAACAUGCGCUCAACUAUCAUCUCUGCACUCGCCCUACUCUCAUCGGUGGCGACUGCUUCUUUGCAGAUUGUGCCGGGAGCAACCUGGACCGCGACGAACACAGGCCAGCACAUCCAAGCACACGGCGGUGGUGUACUGAAAGUUGGCGACAAGUGGUACUGGGUUGGCGAAGACAAGACCAACGGUACUUCGUUCAUCAACGUCAACUGCUACUCCUCGACCAACCUCGUAGAAUGGAACUACGAGGGUGCGUUGCUUUCGCAGACCGCGUCGGGUGACACAGGGCCGAAUCGUGUCAUCGAACGCCCGAAGAUCAUCUACAACAAGUCGACUCAGAAGUAUGUCAUGUGGAUGCACAUUGACAGCAGUGACUACAAGGAAGCUAAAAUCGGUGUCGCGACUGGCGACUCUGUAUGUGGCAAGUACACAUAUCUGCGCAGCGAGCAGCCUCUUGGGCAUCAGAGUCGCGACUCGGGUGUCUUCGUCGAUACUGAUGAUAAGGCAUACCUCUUGACUGAAGAUCGCGAAAACGGCCUUCGUAUUGACGCGCUGUCGAAUGACUACCUCGCCGUGACCUCCAACGUCUACACGUUCGCCGAGAAGUACGAGGCUCCCGCCGUAAUCAAAAAGAAUGGUGUCUACUUCAUGUUCGCUUCGCAGCUUACGGGCUGGAACCCCAACGACAACUACUACGCAACUGCGACCUCGCUCUCAGGGCCAUGGUCUGGCUGGAAUAAGUUCGCUGAUAGUGGAUCGAACACCUACGCCAGCCAGACCACCUUCGUCCUACCUGUCGGCGAUAACUUCGUCUAUAUGGGCGAUCGCUGGGUGAGCGACAACCUCAUGCGCAGCACCUAUGUCUGGCUUCCGCUCACUAUCUCUGGCACUACCGCGACACUGAAGAAUAGCGUCAAUUGGAUCUUGAACCCCAGCACUGGCGUAUCGAGCGCGGGACCAUCGGAGAACCAGUAUGAAGGCGAGGCUGCGACACUGAGCAACAAUGCGCGCACCAUCGACUGCACAAGUUGCUCGGGCGGGAAGGCGGCUGGCUACAUCGGUGGUUCCGACAAGGGUACAGUGGUUUUCAGCAACAUACAAAGUGAUACAGCGACUAGGACGAGCAUCAGGGUGAAACACUUGAAUGGUGACCGGAGCCAGCGAAUCGCAGAUGUCAUGGUGGGCGGCAAGACGCAAAGGAUUUCUUUCCUGCCUCAUGGAGAUGGAGACCCCGGAAGCAGUGUGUUGAAUGUGAACCUGAAACAGGGGACCAACGAGAUCAUAUUCGUCGGUGUAAAUGGCGAAUAUGCAGCGGAUAUCGACCGAUUGAUGGUGCCGAAGUCGUAACUAUUGUACAUAGUCGUAACUAUUGUACAUAAUCGUGAAGGUUUUCAGCUAGC